AUGGACACACCAGAGACACUUCAAUUUUAUUCUUCACCUUACGGAUAUCCUAAUAAUGCUUAUAUACAGCAAUCUUCUAGCUACUAUGCCCAACAACCUUAUCCAGCUUACCAUAACGGUGGUAAUACAGGUGGUUUCUGGAGCGCAUUUGGAACUGGAGGGUUUCCUGGCGAGCCACCCUUAUUAGACGAGCUUGGUAUUAAUUUCGAACAUAUAAAAUCAAAGAGUUUGGCAGUUCUAAAUCCGCUGAGAACAGUUGACAAAGAUAUAAUGGCCGAUACUGAUUUGGCUGGUCCACUUUUGUUUUGUUUAAUAUUUGGCACCGGAAAAAUUCAUUUUGGAUACAUUUAUGGAGUCGCCCUACUCGGAUGCUUUUCCAUUUACAUGAUAUUAAAUCUUAUGAGUGAAUCGGGAAUAGACGGGUACCGAACGGCUAGUGUGCUGGGCUAUUGUUUGUUGCCAAUGGUAUUAUUAAGCUGCGUUGGCGUUAUAGUACCUCUAAGUGGACCGAUUGGUCUUAUUGCAUCCGCUCUUGCAGUUGGUUGGUGUACAUAUUCUUCAUCCACAAUGUUCGUAACAGUACUACAAAUGUCAGAACAACGUAUUUUAGUAGCUUAUCCUGUGGGAAUGUUAUAUGUUUGCUUUGCUCUUAUGACAAUUUUUUAA